CCGGUUCCUUUAGCAUCCACAUGCUGGCUGAGUUCGUAGGUGGCGGUGGCGUGGAGUAGCGUGGAGUGGUGGUGUUGAUAUUUAGGAACGAGCGUUGACCACGCUGUUGCCAUUAGUUUGCAUUUUAGAACAUGUUGUAAAACAACAAGGGCAAAAUGCAACCCAUGUAUGUGCUCUAUGAGCAUGCCGCAGGCUAUGCCCUGUUCUCCGUCAAGGAGUUCGAGGAGGUUGGCAUGCUGCUUCCUCAGGUGGAAGCAUCAGUGACAGAGUUGAGUCGAUUCAACAGCAUCAUAAAGCUCGUAGGCUUUUCUCCCUUCAAGAAUGCUCUUGCAGCCCUGGAGAAUGUCAAUGGAGUCUCUGAAGGCAUUAUGCAUGAUGAUCUCAAGGUGUUCCUGCAGACCCACAUCAUGAAGCCCAAAAAGGUUCAGCUGGGUGUGAGUGAUCCCAAGCUUGGUGCGAGCAUUAAUGAGAUUUUAGGCAUUUCCUGCACUCACAUUGGUGUUGUCCCUGAAAUAAUUCGAGGUAUCCGUUUCCACUUCCACAAUUUAGUGAAAGGAUUCACUGGCAAGUCUUCUGGUAUUGCUCAACUUGGUUUGGGACAUGCCUACUCAAGAUCUAAAGUGAAGUUUAAUGUUAACCGAGUUGACAACAUGAUCAUUCAGAGUAUUGCGUUGUUGGACCAGCUUGACAAAGAUGUUAACACCUUCUCUAUGAGGAUACGUGAGUGGUACUCUUAUCACUUCCCAGAGCUUGUCAAGAUUGUACCAGAGAAUUACUUGUAUGCUAAAACUGCCAGAUUUAUCAAGAACCGCAAAGACUUAACUGAAGAAAGUUUAGAGGGGUUGGAGGAAAUUGUUAUGGAUAGUUCCAAGGCUCAGGCUAUUCUAGAUGCAGCCAAGAUGUCAAUGGGUAUGGACAUCUCACCUGUGGAUCUGCUCAACAUUCAAACAUUUGCUUCUCGUGUGGUAUCUCUAGCCGACUACAGACAGGAAAUGGCUUCCUAUUUAAGAGUGAAGAUGGAGAGUGUGGCACCAAAUCUUGCAUGCCUUGUUGGAGAUCAAGUCGGAGCUAGGCUGAUUUCUCAUGCUGGUUCGCUCACUAACCUUGCCAAGUAUCCUGCUUCCACUGUUCAAAUCUUGGGAGCUGAGAAGGCACUUUUCAGAGCGCUAAAGACACGCAGUAACACCCCUAAGUAUGGUCUCAUCUACCACUCUACCUUUAUUGGCCGAGCAUCAUCUACAAAUAAAGGGAGGAUUUCUCGCUAUUUGGCCAACAAAUGUUCCAUUGCAUCAAGAAUUGAUUGCUUCUCAGACAACCCUACCCAUGUGUUUGGAGAGCAUCUCAGACAACAAGUGGAAGACAGACUCAAGUUUUAUGACUCUGGAGAUAUUCCCAAGAAAAAUAUUGAUGUUAUGAAAGAAGCCCUUCAGGAAGUUCUGGAGGCUAAACCUUCAGUUGAGGAGGUUACAUCUGAGAAGAAAAAGAAAAAGGACAAGAAGCGAAAGUUUUCAGAAACAGAGAAUGGAAAUGGUGUUACAAAUGGUGAUGGUGGUCACAGUUUAAAUGGUGAAGAGCCCAAGAAGAAGAAAAAGAAGAAGAAGUCCAAGAGUGAAGAUUGAUUUAUCUAGGUUUUAUAGCAAAAGUGCUGUUUUCUUUUUAUUUUUCAGGACAUAAAAUGCCAUUUUUUAAGAGUCAUGUUUCAGAAAUGCACUACAUUUGGCUGUUCAUUCCUCUAAAGCUAUGUUGUGAUUUAAGUGAAUCAAGUAUUGGGAUUCCAGUUUAAAGUUUAUUAUAAAUAUCUCCAUUAUUUACCCUCAGAUCCUGCCAUGUGAUUUGCCCCGUUUGUUAUGUUGUUUGAUUGCUACUUCUUGUAAUGUAUUGUCCAUACAUUUGUGGGAGUGAGUAAUUUACUACUUGAGUUGUUGUGAACAUGUGACAAAACCAAUAAAUUUAUCAGUGUGUUUCGUU